GAGUUCACAUACACAAAGCAAAAGUCAAAACAAACUGUCGCACAAAUUCAUGUGAGAUAAUUCAUGUUUUUUUUAUCUUGAUAAGUCGACGGCUUAAAUCAACUUAUUAUCGUUCUGUUCCGAGCUGUUGUUUAUUCAUACGCUGCGCUCUCUAGGUAUGAGAAAUAUGCACGUUUAAUUAUAAAUUUGUACAGUCGCGUUCGAACAUCUAAGAAUUACAUCGAUGGCAGCAAAACAUUUGAUGUGCAGAAUACCUUCUUGCCUCUCCAGUGCAAUAUCCACCCCUCUUAAAUCACUUAAACCAUUUUACCACACUCAACAAUUUGUAUCAAUUAUUAGACCGGUUUCUACUGCAUGCUCUGUCGGGAUUCAAGAAAGUACUAACCGUUUGGUUGUUAAUUGGAAAGACAAGUUGACUGAUGAAUAUCCCCUAGUUUGGCUGCGAGAUAAUUGCCAGUGCCCAGCAUGUUUCGAUCAGUCAUCUCAAUCCAGAACAAUCAACUUUUCACAUUUUCAGGUUAAUCAAAAGUUUAAGCAUGUGGCUACAACCAAGGAUGCAGUAGAGGUUCAAUGGGAAGAUGGUCAUAAAAGUGCAUACAACUUGGAAUGGCUAAAGCAAAGGAGUUUUAACCAAAAAGAACAGCAAGGUUGGCUAGAUGCCAAUAAAGCACCUUACAGUACAUGGGGGGCAAGUUUUUUCAAGAACAUCCCCGUGUUGGACUUCAAUGCUGUUAUUCAGGAUGACAAUGCUCUCUUAGACUGGCUUCAUACAUUAGAUGUGUGGGGUGUCUGCCUUUUUAAAAAUGUCCCCCACAGUCUGGGGCAGGUUGGAAUCCUGGCCAAGAGAGUCGGAUUCAUUAAGAAAACUCACUAUGGUGAGGAAUUUAGUGUUCAAGCUAAAGCAAAUGCUACUAAUGUUGCUUACACCCAAGGAUAUUUACAGCUUCAUACUGAUUUGCCGUAUUAUGAAUACAAACCAGGAAUUAACUUGUUACACUGCUACAUCCAAUAUAAAGGAAAUGGGGGAGACAGUCUUCUGACGGAUGGAUUUAAAAUUGCUGAAUGGCUUCGAGAAAACGAUCCUGAAACCUACAAAUGUUUGGCGGAAACUCGGGUGACGUGGACAGACAUUGGUCAGGAAAAUGGUAACAAAUUCCACAAAAUUCACCAUGCUCCUGUUAUUUGUGAGUCAAGCGACGGGACCAUCAGACGCAUUAAUUACAGCCAACCUCAGCGAGAUUCACAUAUGGCAGUCCCCAUCGAUCAGGUUGAAAACUGGUACCGGGCUUUGAAAAAGUUUUAUGAUAUGGCCCUUGAUCCAGAGUACCUAGUCACAUUCAAAUUGCAACCAGGAGAAAUGGUAACCUUUGAUAAUUUAAGAAUAUUACACGGCCGGACAGCUUUUGGCGAACACCUCCAAGGUGAGCGUCACGUCCAGGGAGCUUAUGUUGACUGGGAUGAAGCCCGUUCUAGAAUUCGUGUGUUGAAAGCCAACAAGGCGGCAAAUAAUUCGGGAAGAUGCGGGUAAAGUUUUUAUCAUAAAGUCAAAUAUAGAACCUGGGAUAUUAUGAUGCAUUUAAUGUAGUGAUUAUUGUAACAAAUAGAAAAAUGUCUGCCAGUGAAUAAAUGAGUGGAAUUAGGUUGAAUAAAUUUAUUUGUAGUCUGCCUUA